AUGGAACAGAAGUCCAGUAUAGAAAAAUUACCUACACAGCAGUAUCUAGAUAUAAGAAGAUGUGAUUCUGGAGCAACGUACAUUAUAUGGGGAAGAAAACAGUGCCCAAAUAAUAAUACAGAACUUGUGUAUUCAGGAUAUGCAGGUGGGGGACAUUACACAGAGAAGGGAGCGGCUGUCGAAUACGUAUGUUUACCACCAGACCCAAAUUAUGUUAAGACUAGUGGCAAGGAUGAAGGCCGAAUGUACGGUGCAGAAUUUUACACUAAUUUUUUUGCUUCUGAUGGUGCGGAUGAAGACGUCCCUUGUGCUCUCUGUCGAACAAAUCAUGCUAACACAGCUAUAAUGAUCCCAGGAAAGAAUACGUGUUACAGUGGCUGGAAGGUUGGAUAUCAUGGAUAUUUGUCAUCUGGAUAUUAUGGCAAUGAUGCUGCUACAACUUAUGUGUGCGUUGACAUAAAGCCAGAGUAUAUUAUAGGAGGAGUGAAUCAAAAUCUUGGCUUUGCAGGUGGUGGCAAUUAUGCUGAUACAGGCUCAGCUGCUGAAUACGUAUGUUUACCACCAGAUCCAAACUAUGUAAAGACCAGUGGGAGUGACUAUAGUCGUAUGUACGGUGCAGAAUUUAAUUCCAACUUUUUUGCCUCCAAUUCUGAUGACGAGGACGUUCCCUGUGCUCUCUGUAGAACAGAACGUGCUACAUCUAUUAUAAUGAUUCCUGCAACAGGAGAAUAUGAUUCAACAGCAGCAGACAUCAACCCAACAACAACAGACAUUGAACCAACAACAGGAACAGACAAUUAA